AUGGACACCUCUGCCAAGAUCAUUCUGGAACAGUCUAGCAAGAACCGAGACUGCUGGGACGCUGACAUCUGGGGCUUCUGGCCCGAGGGCAGCGUGUGCCUACCUGGCGGCCCAGAUGUUCCGGAGUCAGGGGUCUGCAUGAAGGCAGUGCAUGAAGGAGCUGUGGAGGGUGUUGAGGCCAUCUUUUCCCCAGAUGCGGGCAGAUUCGUCUGUGAUUAUACCUAUUACCUCUCUCUGCAUCAUGGAAAGGGCUGUGCGGCACUCAUUAAUGUCCCUCCACUGUCACGCAGGCUCCCAGCCAGUCUGCUGGGAAGAGCUUUGUAAGUCAUCAUCCAGGAAAUGCUGGAGGAGGUGGGAAAACCCAGGCGCAAAGCCUGGUUCAAAGAAAACUCAACCGUGGUCGUUCUAGCUAAAGGAAACUGA